AAUAAUUGGGCAUUGUCUCUCUUCUCUGUGAUGGCCUGAGAGCUUUUGGCACAGUUUUGGCAUGGUUGAAGUCAGAAGGGGUGAUGUUUUGGUCAGGAGUACUCAUCACUGGCGGGGGUUCUUUCCCUUGUACUGUUUCUAUCGAUAUGUGAUACCAGCAACCCUCCAGUGCUUAGAUGCUUAAAAGGAACCCAGGAGAAGGAGGCAUGAGGCUGCUGUUUGAUCUAGAACAAAUUCAGAGGUAUGGCCCCCAUGCUCCUGCUCCUGCGACAUCUGUGGAGCAUGUGAUUAAGGAGCAGAAUAUGUUGGACGUGUUUGUCAUGAUCGAGGGUUUUUGCAACCUCGUGAUCGAAAGGGUUCAUCUCAUUGAACAAGAAAGGGAAUGUCCUGAUGAACUGAAGGAGGCAACAUCGAGUUUGCUCUAUGCGGCUUCAAGAUGCGGGGAUUUUCCGGAGCUUCAAGAGAUUCGCGCGGUUCUCACUGCUCGUUUUGGCAAGGAAUUUGCUGCUCGUGCCAUCGAAGUGCGCAACAAUUGUGGAGUCAACCUCACGAUGAUGCAAAAACUGUCAACUAGGAUGCCAGUUUUGGAGGUCAGAUUGAAGGUGCUCAAAGAAAUAGCCGCAGAGAAUAACAUUGUUCUGACGCUGGAAGAGACGUCUUCUGUUUCCAUUGAGGAUAAAUCGGAUGCGAACAGGGCCAGUUCAAGUGGCACAGGACCAGCGGAUAAUGUGCAGGCUUCUGCAGAAGAGACCGGAAGAGAUGAUAGGUUCUCUGGUUCGAUUAAGCCAAGGAAAUACAAGGAUGUAGCUGAUGCUGCGCAAGCAGCCUUCGAGUCUGCAGCUUAUGCAGCAGAUGCUGCAAAAGCAGCAAUGCGACUCUCUAGGUCUGAAUCUCAAGAUCCCGAUGAUCAAAAUAGUCCGGGAAGUAAACGAGGAAAGCUAUCUGACAAAUAUGAGUCCUUUAAAACUGAAUCAGAAUCGCCGAGUGAGCAAAGUCAAGGUGAAUUAAAGAGGUCAAUAUCUUCUUUAAGUUUAGAUUCAGAUGGAGAUGAGGUGAUUCCAAUGUCCUCAGAUGCCGUAGGGCAGGCCAAUCGUUUUGGGAAGGAUACAGUUUUUCAUGAGAGUGAAAGCGACAGCGAACCUGUAAACACGAGAAAUUCCUGA